AUGCGCGGCGCCAGUGGCCCUCGCGGCCCUCGGGGCCCCGCUAAGAUGCUGUUGCUGCUGGCGCUGGCCUGCGCCAGCCCGUUCCCGGAGGAGGCGCCGGGACCGGGUGGGGCCGGAGGGUUACGGGUGCGCCUGGGCCCGUCCGUGGCGGCGGCCGUGCGCAGCCCGGGCCUGGACGUGCGGCCCGUGGCGCUGGUGCUCAACGGUUCGGACCCACGAAGCCUCGUGCUGCAGCUGUGCGACCUGCUGUCGGGGCUGCGCGUGCACGGCGUCGUCUUCGAGGACGACUCGCGCGCGCCCGCCGUCGCACCCAUCCUCGACUUCCUGUCGGCGCAGACCUCGCUGCCCAUCGUGGCCGUGCACGGCGGCGCUGCGCUCGUGCUCACGCCCAAGGAGAAGGGCUCCACCUUCCUGCAACUAGGCUCCUCCACAGAGCAGCAGCUUCAGGUCAUCUUUGAGGUGCUGGAGGAGUACGACUGGACGUCCUUUGUAGCAGUGACCACGCGUGCCCCCGGCCACCGGGCCUUCCUGUCUUACAUCGAGGUGCUGACUGACGGCAGCCUGGUGGGCUGGGAGCACCGAGGGGCGCUGACACUGGACCCUGGGGCAGGUGAGGCCGUGCUAGGUGCCCAGCUCCGCAGUGUCAGUGCCCAGAUCCGCCUGCUCUUCUGUGCCCGUGAGGAGGCUGAGCCUGUGUUCCGGGCAGCCGAGGAGGCUGGCCUCACUGGGCCUGGCUACGUCUGGUUCAUGGUGGGGCCCCAGCUGGCUGGAGGUGGGGGCUCAGGGGCCCCUGGGGAGCCCCUUCUUCUGCCAGGAGGUGCUCCACUGCCUGCAGGACUGUUUGCAGUGCGCUCGGCUGGUUGGAGGGAUGACCUGGCCCAGCGUGUGGCAGCUGGUGUUGCCGUAGUGGCCAGAGGUGCCCAAGCUCUGCUGCGUGACUAUGGCUUCCUGCCUGAGCUUGGCCAUGACUGUCGUGCCCAGAACCGCACCCACCGUGGAGAGAGUCUGCAUAGGUAUUUCAUGAACAUUACCUGGGAUAACCGAGAUUACUCCUUCAAUGAGGAUGGCUUCCUGGUGAACCCCUCCCUGGUGGUUAUCUCCCUCACCAGAGACAGGACUUGGGAGGUGGUGGGCAGCUGGGAGCAGCAGACUCUCCGCCUCAAGUACCCGCUAUGGUCCCGCUACGGUCGCUUCUUGCAGCCAGUGGAUGACACGCAGCACCUCACAGUGGCCACGCUCGAGGAGAGGCCGUUUGUCAUUGUGGAGCCUGCUGACCCCAUCAGUGGCACUUGCAUCCGAGACUCAGUCCCCUGCCGGAGCCAGCUCAACCGAACCCACAGCCCUCCACCUGACGCCCCCCGCCCGGAAAAGCGGUGCUGCAAGGGUUUUUGCAUCGAUAUUCUGAAGCGGCUGGCGCAGACCAUAGGCUUCAGCUACGACCUCUACCUGGUCACCAACGGCAAGCACGGGAAGAAGAUCGACGGCGUCUGGAACGGCAUGAUCGGGGAGGUGUUCUACCAGCGGGCGGACAUGGCUAUCGGCUCCCUCACCAUCAACGAGGAGCGGUCGGAGAUCGUGGACUUCUCAGUCCCCUUCGUAGAGACGGGCAUCAGCGUCAUGGUGGCACGCAGCAAUGGCACCGUGUCCCCCUCGGCCUUCCUCGAACCCUACAGCCCUGCCGUGUGGGUGAUGAUGUUCGUCAUGUGCCUCACUGUGGUAGCUGUCACCGUUUUCAUCUUCGAGUACCUCAGUCCUGUCGGCUACAACCGCAGCCUGGCCACAGGCAAGCGCCCUGGAGGCUCAACCUUCACCAUUGGGAAAUCCAUCUGGCUGCUCUGGGCCCUGGUGUUCAAUAACUCAGUGCCUGUGGAGAACCCCCGGGGGACCACCAGCAAAAUUAUGGUGCUGGUGUGGGCCUUCUUCGCCGUCAUCUUCCUUGCCAGCUACACAGCCAACCUGGCUGCCUUCAUGAUCCAGGAGGAGUAUGUGGACACCGUGUCUGGGCUCAGUGACCGCAAGUUCCAGCGGCCCCAGGAGCAGUACCCGCCCCUGAAGUUUGGGACGGUGCCCAAUGGGUCCACAGAGAAGAACAUCCGCAGCAACUACCCCGACAUGCACAGCUACAUGGUGCGCUACAACCAGCCCCGCGUAGAGGAAGCGCUCACUCAGCUCAAGGCAGGGAAGCUGGAUGCUUUUAUCUAUGAUGCAGCCGUGCUCAACUACAUGGCCCGCAAGGAUGAGGGCUGCAAGCUUGUCACCAUCGGCUCCGGCAAAGUCUUCGCCACGACAGGCUAUGGCAUUGCUUUGCACAAGGGCUCCCGCUGGAAGCGGCCCAUCGACCUGGCGCUGCUGCAGUUCCUGGGGGACGAUGAAAUUGAGAUGCUGGAGCGGCUGUGGCUCUCCGGGAUCUGCCACAAUGACAAAAUCGAGGUAAUGAGCAGCAAGCUGGACAUUGACAACAUGGCGGGCGUCUUCUACAUGCUCCUGGUGGCCAUGGGCCUCUCCCUGCUGGUCUUCGCUUGGGAGCACCUGGUGUACUGGCGCCUGAGGCAUUGCCUGGGUCCCACCCACCGCAUGGACUUCUUGCUGGCCUUCUCCAGGGGAAUGUACAGCUGCUGCGGCGCCGAGGCCGCCCCGCCGCCGGCCAAGCCCCCGCCGCCUCCCCAGCCUCUGCCCAGCCCGGCAAACCCCUGA